AUGAAUAACAGUGAUAUACAAGGAAAUAAGGUGAAGAAUUAUGUAGAAAUGGAAGAUUUGUCCAUAAAAAAAAAAAAAAAAAAAAAUGAAAACUUCCAAAAUUUUGAAAAAAAAAAAAAAUGGAAAAGAAGUAAUAAAGCAAAUAAAACUGGUGAUAAAAAAACAAUAAAAAAGAAAAAGGAAAAAAAAAAAAAAAUGAUAUUUCAGAAGAAGAAAAUAGUACCAUUGAUAAUCCUCAACACUUUAGUGAUACUUAUUCUAAUUCGAGUUUUAUUUACGAAAAAAAAAAUAAAAAAAAAAAAAAAAAAAAUAACAUAUGAUGAUGAAGAAAAUCAAUAUGCAUCCACAAAAUUUAUAAGCUUUUUAAAGGAUUAUAAUGAAAAUGAUGGGGAAAAAAAAAAUAGUAAAAAAAAUAAAAAAAAUAAUAAAACAAAUAAAACAAAUAAAACAAAUAUGGAUAAUGCAGAAAGCGUAGAAUCGGGAAAUGAUGAUGAUAAUGAUGAUGAUAAUGAUGAUGAUGAUAAUAGUGUAUACAAUUAUCUCCCACAAAAUAAUGAUAUAUAUAAAAUAAAUGGAAAUGGGGAAACUUUAGAUAUUACAGAUUUGAUUGGGUCUGGUGAUAACAUUUUGGAAAAGAAUAUUGUUAAGGAUAUAUAUUCGUUAAAAUAUGAUAAAAAAGAUAAAAAUCGACAUAUAUCUGUUUUAGAAGAACAAAAAAUAAAUUCCCAAAUGACAUAUAUAAAAAAUGUCCAAAAUUUAAAUAGAAUAAACAAGUCAUAUAAUGUUAUACAAAACUCAUGGAGAGUAAUGUUUGGAAAAAAUAAAGAUGAUAAUAAUAUAAAUUCAGAGGAAUAUAUUAACAAAAAUUUACUUAAAAGGCAUAAUAAUUUAAGUGCUAAAAAUGUGGAAAAAGGUGCGGAAAAAAAUGUUGAAAAAAAUGUUGAAAAAAAUGUGGAAAAAAGUGUGGAUGCGGAAAAAAGUGUGGAUGCGGAAAAAAGUGCGGAUGUGGAGAAGAGUGCAGAAAAAAACGUGUUUAAUUUUGAAGAAGAGAUGAAAAAGAAUUUAGAAAAAUCUAAAAUGCUUAUUGUUUCAGAUGAUAUAUUAAAAAAUAGAAAAGAAAAAAAAAGAGAGCAAUCUAAAAAAAUAUCACAACUAAAAUAUUUAUUAGCUAUGGAACGAAAAAAACACGCAUUGAGAAAACAUAUUAAAUCAAAAUCAUAUAGAAAAUAUUUAAGAAUUAAAGAAAAAAAAGAACAUGAAAAAAUGUGGGAUAAAUUAUAUUCUGAACAUCCUGAAUUAGCAAUAAAUAUUAGAAAUUAUGAAGAUGAAUAUGCUAAAAAAAGAAAUGUAAUAAAUAAUGUAAAAAAAAAAAGAAAAAUUUUUAAUCUUCUUAAUAGAUAUAAAAAUGAAGAAUUAAAAAAGGAAAUGUUAAAAUCAUUUCAAAUAGAUAAAGAAGAAAAAAAUAUGCUUAAAAAAAUUGUACAAAAAACAGCUAUUCAACAAGAUAUUGGAGAAGACGAAUAUUCCUUUGGCAAUGCUAAUUCAAAAUAUCAAGAAAUCGAAAAUAACACAAUAUCUAAUAAUAGUGAAACUGAUGAACAAAAUGAAGAAGAUAGUAUUGAUAUCGAAAAUGAAAGAGCAAAAAAUGUUAAAAAAGAAUUGAAAAAAAGAAAUUUAUUAAGAUUUUCUUUUAUGAAAAAUGCAGAAGAAAAAAAAAAAAAUGAUCAAAUUUAUAAAAAAAGAAAACAGCUACUAGAAAAGGCAGAAAAUAAGACAGACGAAAAUGAUUCUUUAUUAAAUUCUUCAGAUGAUGAAAAUAGCCAAAAUAGCCAAAAUGGCCAAAAUGAACUUUCGCUAGUUGAAGAUACUGAAAUAUCAAAGUUAAGCUCCAAACAAGUUGAAAAAGCUAAAUUACAAUUAAAAGAAGAUAUCGAUUUAGGAAAUAUGUUACGAAAAAAUGCUGUGUUAAAUACGAACAAUAUUAUAAAUCUCGAUUUUGAAAUAAACGAAAAUGAAAUUGAGGAACCAGAUGCUAAGGAUGUAGAAAAUAAUAACACAGAAGAAAAGGACGAUGAAAAAACAAAUAGUGAAAAGGAUACGACAGACGAAAAAAAAGACGAAAAAAAAGGCGAAAAAAAAGGCGAAAAAAAAGGCGAAAAAAAAAAUAAUAAAAAGGAUAUGAUAGACGAAAAACAAAUCAACGAUCUCGUAGAUAUCGAUAAAAUAAAUGAUGAAGACGUUUUGAAACAAUAUGGAGAAAAACUAACUGUAUAUAAUUUUGAAAAUAAUAUUUAUGAGGAUUAUAUAAAUAUAAAUGAUACUAUUAAUAAUAGAGAAGAUGAAGAAUUAUUCGAAUUAAGUGACAGUGAAAAAAUAACAGGAGAAGAACUAAACGUAAAUGAAUGGUGUAAUUAUAAUACAUUGAUAGAAAGAGAACAAAAUAUAAUUAAAAAAGAAAAAGAAAUUAUUGAAAAAAAAAAAAAUAUGCCAUUACAUACUAUAAAUGUUCUUAAUAAAAAAGAUAAAAAAUUUGAUGUAUAUUAUGUAGAUAAAAUACCAUAUCCAUAUGAAAAAAAUGAAUAUGAAAAAUCAUUAAAUAUAAAUAUAAAUAAAGAGGUUAAUGAUAUUUCUACAUUUAACAAAUUAAUAGCACCACAAGUGACAAAUAAAGUUGGAAAUAUUAUUUCUCCAUUAGUUCAUAAUCCAUUUGAAAUUGCAAGUAUAUUAACUUUAAGGAAAAAAAAAAAUAAGGCAAAAUUGUGA